AUGAAGAAAAAACAUGAUACCAUUGUUUGUGAACCUAAAGAACUUCUGAAUCCCUCUCCCAAAGUAACAAAUUGUUGCAAAUCCCUGUGGGUGAAAUACAGUUUUCAGAGGGAGUACAUGACCCGACUUGUCAGCUCGCAGCCAGUUUCAGCCAUGUCAAGGAACCCAGAUCACGAUCUGCCUUCUCAGCCCAAGGAGAGUAGCACUGGCCAGAACCAUCACCAGGAGGAAAUAAUCCACAAGUUGGCCAUGCAGUUGAGAAACAUCGGGGACAGCAUCGAUUGUAGGAUGGUUCAAGAGGGAGGUCCUUAG